GGACCGCCGGGCCCCGCACAUGCUCCGUGUGCCAGCCCGGGCCGCUCGCGCUGCCCUCGCCGGUGACAGAGCUGCCGCAGCUCCAGGCUGCCCGCAGGCUCUGCCACAGCUGAAGACAUGGCCUUUUUCGGAAUCCCACAUAAGCUUCCCGGGGCAUCCUUUUAAGAGAGUCCAUAACAGAAUAGAAUGUUUCCAUCAGGCUCUUGCCUUGGCAACAACCUGCAGCCGUAAAGCGAGUUUAAUUCUAUGAGAGGAAGACGGGUGGCAGCUAUCGUUUCACGGCGUACUGUAAUAUAUGAGAUUCUACUGUGAAAACCCUGGAGGUGGCAUUUGUCUGGUCUGGUUGUAAAUAAUGAGAUAGAUCACAAUGGAUUUCAGUUCCUCGUCCGUGUUUGACCAGCACAAAGCUGAUGCAGCCGAAGAAAUCGACUUGGCUGUGGUUUACCAAGCAGCAGCUAAUGGUGAUGUGAACACCCUGACUGCAGUGAUCCGAGAGGAUCCUUCCAUCCUGGAAUCUUGUGACAGAGAGGGUUGCACACCCUUGAUGCAUGCUGUGUCAGGACGCCAGGUUGACACAGUGAAGCUUCUGUUGAAGAUGGGAGCCAAUAUUAAUACUCAAGAUGCCUGUGGACGUACCAGUUUAUCUCUGGCAACUUAUCUGGGCUGGCUGGAAGGCUGUGUCAGCCUGCUCAGGAAUGGUGCUAAGCAGAACAUACCUGACAAAAACGGGAGGUUGCCACUGCACGCUGCCACCGCAGAGCCUGACGUGAGGCUUCUGAGCUUGCUUCUGCAGCAGUCAAAUCUUAGUGAAAUUAAUCACCAGGACAAUGAGGGAAUGACUUCACUCCACUGGGCUGCAUUCCACAACAGACCUCAGCACACCCAGACUCUGCUGCACAAGGGAGCAGACCCAACUCUGGUGGACAAGGACUUCAAAACAGCUCUGCACUGGGCAGUACAGAGUGGCAACAGGAUUCUGUGUUCCAUCAUUCUGGACCACUGGCAGGGACCAUCCAUAAUAAAUUAUGAUGAUGAGGAUGGCAAAACAUGCAUGCACAUUGCUGCUGCUGCAGGCUACAGCGAUAUCAUCAGUGAGCUGGCUAAAGUCCCAAAGUGCAACCUGCAGGCCCUUGAUGUGGAUGACAGGACUCCGUUGCACUGGGCUGCAGCAGCAGGGAAAGCUGACUGUGUGCAGACACUGCUAGAACUGGGGAUAGACAGCAACCCCCGAGACAUCAAUGAAAACACUCCUCUGACAUAUGCAAUAUACUGUGGGCACACAGCAUGCAUCAAGCUGCUAUCUCAGGAGAGCAGUAGAUCUGAGUCAGUUCAUCAGUUUCCCUCCCAGAAAAGCAGACUUAUAAAGAAAGAAGGACGAUUCAGUAUGCUGAACCAGAUCUUCUCUUGCAAAAAGAAGAAAGAUGAUCCAAAAACCAGUCAGGAGAGAAGCAGGGAUCAAUAUCCUGGAGAAGACACCUCAGAAGUUGAUACCAUCAUCACCCGUUUUGAUUGCAUUAUGAAUAAAAAUUGCAAAGACAUUUCAGAAGAGUGUAAGACCACUCCUGACUUUAAAAGAAAGAGCACAGACACUAAGUACCUUAUAGCAGAAAAGAAGCAAUCAGCAUGGCAGGGAUUCCCACCCAUCACCACCCAGAGCUUCCCCUCAAUCACUGCAGGCAAUUCCUUCCUAACUGCUGCCCAGAGCAAGAUGUCAAGCUUCUCCUCCAGCUCCAGUAGCUAUCCACACAAAUCUCAAAAGAGUAGGAGUGAACACAGCUUGCUGGACAACACAGGCAGCUACCAGGCUUUGCUGGAUGAUUCCUGGAACACAGACUCUAACCAAAGACUGUCUUACAAAGUCUGUACUAGGACUUCUUCAGACAAAUUGAUGAAUGGCUUUAACUCUGAUAGAUCUCACCACGUGCUUUUGUGCCCGCCCUGCCUUCCCUCACUUUCCAGUUCUCCAUCAGGUAGAAGUUUUCAGCGGAUGUCCAUAGGCCAACACAAAAUGAAAAAUGUUAUUCCUGUACAAAACAGCCUAGCUCCAAUUCCCAACCACAGUGCCCACAAAAGACUCCACUGAGAAGAGUCUGUCCCCUUCUCCAUUAUUCCCCACAAUCAAACAUAUAUGCAUAUUGACAAGAUCCUUUGGGCUGCCUUCUCUCCUUGAGGCUGAACAGUCCCAGCUCUUUCAGCCUCCCCAUUAAGGCUGACACUCCAAUCCUUUAAUCAUCUCCAUUGCCCUCCAUUGGACUUGCUUCCCCCUCCCUCUUGUACUGCAAGCCUCAGAACUGGGCUCAGAACUUCAGAUGUGUUUCACCCAGGCUGAGUAGAGGGGAAGAAUCACCUGUCACAAUCUGCUGGCAGUGCUCUUCCUGAUGCAGCCCUGGACAUUGUUGGCUGUAUUUCUGCAAGGGCACAUUGCUGGUCUCAUUCAGCUUGGGGAAGCAGUGAUCCUAAAGAACAGGAGAGCUUCAUCCCACUCCCAGAGUCCCAGAAAGUGUCAAGACUGUGGUUGUUCCAGGCUGGAUCAAGCCAGCAACUGAAGUAUUCUUCAUAGACACCAGCCCUACUCCCAGCAGUGUCCUAACCCCACAUUCUUGUGCUCCACAACACGCAAAUCUCCAUUGUAUACUGGAUUUGCAGUUUACUGAUUGUCAUUCUGUGGAUAAGCCAGGUCCUAAAACAUGCAGACCUAAAUUUAAGAUUUCCUGCUGUGUAUAAUCUGAAGGUCAGAAGGAAUUCUGCAGUGAUGACAAUAUUACUAGGAAUGAGGCAGAGGGAGCCUUACAGGGACCAUCAAAUUGGGUAGGGAUAUAGACAGAAUCCUGCACUGCUGCUGUUUUCUACAUCAGACAGGAAGAAUAAAAGGUGUUUGAAUUACUGAGGUGGUGUUCUCUGUCUGCUCAGAAGGAAGAAAAUAAUUUAAUUGCUUUUAAUUGCUUUUAAAACCCCAGGUCCAAGUGUUCUGUUUUUUAAGCUUUCUACUCAUGUUCUCUGUGUCUUCUAGCUAAAUUAUAGCUGUAAGCAAGAUCCUUCAAAAAUUCUUUCAUAAUAAUUGUUGUUCUUGCCUUAGUUCAUACAAAUGGUCAAGAAUUUAGUUCUAAUCUCAUACUAAAAACUACCUUACAAAUAAGACAUAAUUGUCACAAUUAAGAACCAUGGUUUCAUUAACUAACACAGCACAUUUAUCCAGGUGUCAUUACGCUUGAACAUUAGUUCAAGCCAGUAAGAGAAAAGCAAAAUUAUUUGCGAAAUAUACUGUAUUUUUUGUUAACACAAAUGACAUAUUUGCUCCUGAAGCUUUCUAAAUAACUGUUCCAGAGUCUCAUCCAGUAUGAGAUUUCACUCAUCCUCCAUCUAGCCCUAAAAUAUUACCCUGUUGGACAUAGCCUUUAUAGAGGCAAAGUGCUCCAGUAAUGAAGACUGAGUAUAAAUAUUUGUGUUUCUCUACUAUUUUUAAUACACAAUAUGUGUUUUAAAAAUAUGCUAAGAAAAAAAUAAUAUACCAAGAAGCUGGAACAAUAAAAUAAGCAAAAACUAGAAUGAGAACUGAAACUACCCAGAGACUAACAGAAAGAAGAAGUAUCUCCCCCAAAAAAGGAAGGGCAAUAAAAAAAAAGAAGGAAGAAAUUUUCUCAGUAAAAACAUUUUAAAAUACACAUUAGAAGGAGGAAAAUAGGAAUGAAACAGUAGGCUGGGAAGAGUAUGUACUUGUGUGACUUUAAGCCAUAAAUUCUCACCCUUCAGAUAUCCCCAGGGCCAGAGAUCCUUCACAUAUCUUCCUGAAUAGCCUCAGCACAGACUGCAUCUUCUAUUCUGCAUGCUGCUGCUUUGUCAUCCCCCACACUCUUUCUAUCUCAUCAUGCAACACUUCCAACAACCCUGAAAAACACACUCCUUACAAAAUGCCAGAAUAAUUUUUCAAACAAAUAUGGGACUUCUAGAUAACUCUCUGCUGCUCAUUUCUUCAUAUAGUUAAGAAGGUCUGAUGUUUCUGGAGACAUCAGAGGAGGCAACAUAUGUCUGAUGCACAAAAAAGUGACAUAGUUACUUGCUGGAAAAACCCCACAACAACCAAAUUUUAAAAGCAAAUUUUAACUCUUAUUUCUACAGGUCAUUUAACAAUAUUUUCUGGAGAUCUGUGGUUGUUUUUGCCAUUAUUCAUCAUGAUUUAAAGUUUCUUCUUUCCCAAGUUAACAGCAAAGCAUUCCAUGAAGAAGCCACAUCUCUGCACAAGGCCACUGUGGUCCACUGCUUGCAAAGGAGGGGAGUCUAAUACCCAUUCUUCUGCUGGACUCCAUAAUCCUUGAGCAAUGCCUUUCUGACAGCCUUAUUUUUUGCCUCUGCAGUUUGCAAUAGCAGUCACUCCAGAGCCUGCUUAGUAGAAAAGGAUUCCUGAACCAGUAGCUCCUAUUGUACCACUGGGUCUUCAGUGGUCAACUCUGCCCUCUGCAUGUGAAUUAUUAACGGUGCUUUUGCUGAAUGUAGCUCCUGGGGCCUUAAGGGCUCUGCGUCCCACAGAUCCUGGCUCUGGGUCCAGGCUCAUGUGUUUCAAUACAUGUACUAAUACUAGUCAUUUUAUGCAUUGUUUCAGAGCCAUCCAUGUACCAGUCCUGAAAUCCUGAAUUGAAUAUCCUAAACUGAGCACAGCAUGUGGGACAAUGUGGAAAGCACUGAUGUUUGGGUUCCUUGAAUGAGCAUGAGUUUGUGAUGGAUGCUCUGUCAUGGGGGUGUAGUUAAGAUGCAGCACUUUUGGCCUACUUAAAUCCAUCAUUUAAGGCUUUUAAUGGUGUACAUGAAGUGCAUAAAGCUUUAUGGAUAUUUUUCACACAGACAUGAACUUUGAAUAUAUUAACAUAUGAGUAUGUUCCAAAGAGGGACACAAGUGAGCCUCUCAAUAUUUGGUUUGCACACCAAAAUUUCAGUGAACUCAAAGCAUUUUACCAUGUGCCAGAAAGCAAAUGGGCCCAUUUGUAGUAUACAGCCCUCUCAGAUUCACACAAAUUCAACAACAACUAGAGCAAAUUGCUAAUGGUUUGGGGUUUUUUCAUGAAAAGGCAAAGUGAUUUCCUGAAUUUCUGAACAUGAAUGAAUCUUAAAUAUGAUCCAUGAAUUACAGUACACUGCUAGAGGCCAGACCAUUGUGGUAAACACUGUCUGCUCAGGUAAUCAUAACUUGAAUAGUAAUUGAAAUUAGCUUAAAAAUAAAAUAAUCUACCAAGUUUCUAAAUCCUCUCUAAAAAGAUCCCACUUUGCCCUAAAUCGUAAGGUAAGCUUAAUCGCAAGCUUACCUGGUAAGCUUUAGAAAAGUACUGGUCCUGAAAAAUAAAUAAUCAAUAAUUAAAUUAGUAUAAGGUGUAUGCUACAGGGGAUUAUGACAAGAACUUUAACCUCUUUUGCACCAUGUGUAUAGUUAAAAUAGAUAGAUAAAGAUAUGAAUGGACAAAUAUAUGCAGUGAGGGCCUACUGCAGACAGUAGAAAGGUAACAUUUGUUUUCAAUGGGGCAAAUUAAAUAAAGCACAAAAUUUCCAUCUAGAACACUUCAGAGGAAAGUGUUAAUAGCCUCUCAGAUAAUUAAUCACAAAUAUGCAGAUGGAAGGAAAUCACAAAUGCAAUAAGAACACAACAAAGAAAAAAUUAAUGUAAAAAAUUGCAAUGAGAUUCUGUAGCCAAAACAGAGAUAGUGUAACUCCAGAAAGAACACUUCAUAUGCUUAAACUGUAGAAAAUCAUAUUGAUUGCAUACAAAGAGUUUGUGAAUAAAAUGGAGAUAAAAUGAAAAGAAGGUAAUGCAAUUCACGAUAAAUUGACAGCACAGAAAAGUAGGUCUACAAUUAAGGUUUUGAUUCUCCUUUUAAAAAAUCAGGAAAAAGUUGUCUGGAUAAGGGAGACUAAGGAUUUCAAUUCAGAGAAAAUACAGAACAAUAUUAGCUUUAAAGCACAAACAGUGUUACAUUGGUGAGGUAGAAAUUAAGGAUGAUCUAAAUCCACAGUUUCUUGCAAGACAACAAUAGAGAUACAUAACAGAUGUGCCUCUCAGGUCUUUUGGUGUGUAUCUUGGUGUGCUGCAGGGUAAUGGGCUAGUUUUGUGGCCUGUGAAUAGUAGAGCAUGUGUGGAUCUAUCUUUAUGAUUGCCUAGAGAAACCCAGACACAGCAUACAUUUUUCCAUUUCCUCUUCCUUAGAUUUUGAUCAGCAUUUAUCUUCAGCAAUAGAGCAUUUUUGGAACACUUCUGUUAUAGUCAGCCUGUGGUUUCUGAUGAAAAAAUAUAUUGUGAAAAUUUUUCCAAACAGACCAAAUCUCCUCCAGGCAAACUAUGGGUUCUCUGCUUAUCAAAAGUAAAUCUUUGAACUUUUGAAGACUUACUGGUCACUAAACCAAAAGUAAAUCACAACAUGGGAGUUGUUUUCUUCAGAUGAAGAUAAGCCUUGCCAGGGCUAUACAAUUUUUUAUUAAUAUUUUGAUCAUAUUUUUCAAGCGAAAUCAUUUGUAAAAACACCAUGCUUUUCACUUUCUGUGCACCUUCUCUUUUUUUUCUAUUUC